UUUUUAUUUUCACUGAUAAUUGGAACGAGCCUUCAAACUGACGUUUCGUGUUUAUCGACGCAUCUUCAGUCAAUAUAACAACUUGCGGAUGACUAGUUCAACGUGUUAUCUGAUAUUAUUACUUUUUAUUUUUUUCCCUCGAGCUUUUACUUUUUCCGGUUUUCAGCUCUAUCGAUACAGCAGAACUUCGUUUACAUCUAAAUACAUGUGUAAUUCAUAUAAAACUGGAUCAUGUUAUUUGCGAUAUGAAUUACGGAUCAUGUUAAGUUUGUGUCACCACUAACCCUCAUGACAGAACAUAUAACACAUUAGCUGUCAAAAUGAAUAAUACAAAGCAUCGAGUUACCAGAUUCCUAACUUCAUACACAUAUUAUUUUUUUUGGAUAAACAGAAUUUCGUUUGUUACUACUACUUACAAGAGUUCAUCAAUACAAUCAUUUAUUUUUUCAAUAUUGAGAUCUUGUUUCAAAGGGUUAAACGUGACUUUGAGAAACGCGAGAUCAGCCUCGAAUUUAAUUUAGCCAACGAACAUGAUACAAAGAAAAAAAGUUAAUUACAGUCCCAGCAAGAAAAAUAGUAUUCGUUCGUCUCAAGGUAAACGUGCAAGGGUUCCUUUUUUAAUAACACGAUCAAGUUUAGAGACAGGUGAAACAAAAGUUCCUUCAACGAUUUGCUAUCUAGUAGUACUCGAACGAGUUGAAAGUUUUGUUUGGAUCAUUGAAUUGUCGUUGACGCAUCGACACGUGGGUAGCAUACACUCGGUGUGUCUCGAAUCAACUGUCCACGAGGAACACAAGGCUCGAAGUAAUUGCAUAAAUAACCUUGUGUCCAGAGAAUGAAUCAAAUAUCGAUGGCGUAGAAUUCUUUGCGAAUAAAAUAGAUUUUGAUUCAUGAAGUCUUCUAAACUAUUUGGUCAUCAAAAAUUAAUUCAAACUGAACUUUGUUGCUUAACUCAAAUCUCUUAAUCUUACUAAAACUGCCAAGUCUAAUGUUGCUUAAUUGUAUACUUUUCAUUCAUAAUUUUGUGUGAUCAGAAUUUUAUUUGAGUUGCAUUGUGCUUUGCAUUUCCACUUAGAUAUAAUUUGUGAGAUCUUGAUCUCCACUUUGGAGAAGCUGGAUCUGCCCUUGUUAACGUAUAAAAUAAACUAACCCAAGUGAAGUGGUUGAUUUUGGCGAAAAUAUCACAGGCGAUUCGAUCCGGCGAUCAUCUAAUUAUUUCGAGCGGCGUAGCACCAUGGUCAUCGAGUGUCAAGCGUUUUAAUACCGUUACUAGAAAGUAGCGUCGAUCACUUGCAAGUAGAAUGAACGAAAAAACAAAAAUGGUCCAGUGAAAGUGUCGCAACGGUGUAUGUUGGAUUCGGUGUGUUUGCCUUUAUGUAACCGAACGUGUGAACGACUCAUGGUGGUUAGAUGCAUUUGCAUAUAUACCAUCCCGAUUUCAAAAUUACACGUGCAUGACUUUAACCCUCGUGACCUAGACCUACGAAGCCAUGAGUUCGAGUAAAAUUAAGACUAACACUUUGGACAAUUUUAAAUACAAUGACGAAAGUCGCUGGGAUGCAUGAAGAUCUACGUGAAGAUGGCAAUAUAACGAGUCUUGUAUACCAUGUGAAUCACGUCUCUAAAUAAAGAAAAAAAGUGGAAGCUCGUAACAAUUAAAACAUUCAUAGCUUCUUUUAUCCGAUCAUGCAUUAAAUGCAAUUUACAGAAGCUUCAAUCUCCAUACGAUUAUUUCUAUUUCUAGCAAGCGAUUAUCGUCUCGAUCAAAUAAUCUGAUCGCACCGUUAUAGGAAUGUUCGCACCAUUAAUUUUAAGUGACGUUUACAUUCUGUUGAAUCAAAAUUUCAGUGUUUUAGUUAGUAGUCAAAAUGAUCCUACAUCACACAGUCUUUCAAGGGUUAUGUUUCAUAGAGAUCAUAAAUGCUACUUAACAAUAAUUGCGUGAAUGAACAAGAGAAGAUGCCUGGCCACCGUCAGCCUAAUUCCCUAGAGGGACUUAGCUUGGGACGUGUGUGUCAACAACUCGACGGGACGUGCCGACGGCUGCAGGUGCUUUCACAAGAGUCAUCUGCUGCACAAGUAUUGGCCUACGCGAAGCAAACUAUCAGACCUUACUACAUAAACGCGCUGCCAGCACGUUUGCGAUCUCAGGUUAUACAAGAAACUUCCAAACUAUUAUAUGGCCCAGCUUCUGAUGGAUCAACUUUAAUUUCUGGACCAGCUCCUUUGUAUUUAUUGGCCCUUCUUCUUGGGCAUGACAUAAAACAACUAAAAGUGAACCUCUGUUGCUACUAUGGAUGCAGUCAUCAGACAUCGUUAUUGAAAUUGCUUGCAUCAGAGGGAAUUGGACUCGAAUCUUUAGAGCUGGCUCGUUCUGCUUUGUUAAGAUUGGACUGCAAAUUAUUACGAUCCGCACUACUGAAUAUGAAAAAUUUAUUGAGCUUGACUUUGAGAAAUAUAGCUAGCGAUGCUGUGCUUCAAGUAGUAGGGAAAGCUUGUCCUAAACUUGUGCUUUUGGAUGUAGCUUGUUCGAGACAAGUAACAGAUGUUGGAUUGAAGCAGUUAUUGUUACAAGUAGAACUCAGAGACAAAGUGCCUCAUGCUACGAUGCAGGAACCUACUAGUUGGUCUCGUCUGAAAACGUUGCUUUCAAAAUUGAAAAUGAAGAAUUCUAAAUCAGAGAAAAAAGAAAAGCAAGGGGUACUGUUGGAAUAUUAUGAGAGCAGAAAUUUUCUCUGUGAUACACUUAGAGUACUUAAUGUUGCCAAUACCGGGGUAACCAGUACAGGAGUACUUUUAGCUUUGGUACAUGUUCCAAGACUGGAAUCUUUAGCAGAAUAUAGUCAUAUGGGCAGAGUAGUAGAAAUCAUGAAUAAAGGAUUCACUGGAUUUAAAACUCCAUUUAGCUUAACUCAAGCAAGAAGUUGUAGAACAACACCAGUUCGUUUGGAACUGUUGGCACAAGCAUGCCCAAAAGUGGAAAAAUUACAUAUCUCAGAGCCUCAUCAUCCUCCCGAAGCUUUGCGGCUAUUUCCUUAUGUUACUUCUCUCAGUGUACACAGUAUACCUCCUCAAAGGGAAUGGUUAGAUGGUUUCUAUGAAUACCUUCGUACUAAUGGUCAGAAUUUACGAGAACUUAAUCUCAGAAUAACUCAAAAUGAAAAUCUUAUACAAGUAGACUUGAAAGAAAUCUUUAGUAGCUGUUCUAAUUUGAGAACAUUUACUAAUGAUGGUUCUAAUAUAACUUGGAAAGAAGGAACUGAUCCUCCACCAUUAAAAUAUUUAAAGAAGAUUCAAUUGGGACGUAUAGUGAGUGCUCUUGCUAUCACAAAAAUUCUUUCACUAGCACCAGAGUUAACAGCACUACAUGUACAUAGUUGUUUUGAUCUCACGAAUGAACACUUAGAAAAAUUAUUGAGUGCAUCGACUAAACAAAAAAAUUCACGAAAGUCUGAUAAAUGUGAGAAUAGUUUAGUACAAAAUCUAACAUGUUUUUACAUAUACGAGGCCAGUAAAGUGUCUGCAACUACUGUGCUCAAUAUGUUCAAAAAUUGUAAGAGACUGAAAAAAAUUGGAAAUUUGGCAAAUUGGGGCUUAGAUUGUGAAGGUGUACGUAUGUUAAGAUCGACGCUAACACGUGCAAAUUUGGAUGUAGAUCUGUGUCCAGGGGCACACUGGUUCUGGAGUAACUGUAUUCAGUAACGCUUGUGCAAACUUAUUGUCUUAAAAAAGCAGCUGUUAAAAAAAAUUCUGUCCAUGACAUAAUUGGCUGCUGUAUAAUUUGGAUUUGUUAUACUUGAGUAGACUGUGAAAUUGUCAGUAUUAAAAAUUAUCUUAAUAAA